GCCAUUAGUCGAAAACUAUAAACGCUCGACGCGAAAUCGUCUCCGGGUCUCCGUCUCCGACAUCGACUUCGACUUCGCCUUCGAUUUCGACUCCGUAACCCGCACAAAAAGCGUCAAUCAACAAACAGUUUUCGUUUCGUUUCGUUUCGUUACGCCACAAAUAAAUAUAAAUAUAAAUAUAUAUUUUAUUUGUUAUAUUUUUUUUUUGUUUUGUAUUUUUGUUGGCGCCUAUACCCAAACAUUUUUUGUUCAAGUGCCAGUCAAAAGCGAGUAAAAGCAAAAGUGACCAAUGGCCGAGGAGUGCAGUAAAUAAGAGACAACAGCAAUCAAGCGCAGGGGAAAUUAGCGAGCUAACUAAGCUAACUAAGCCCAACUAAGCCCACAAAACCCAAAAGCCACAAGAUCGGCAGGAAGCCCCGUUUAAAAGCGAAAAGAUCGAAAAGGAUCCAACGAUCACCAUGCUGGCCGACUCGUACCUGAUCAAGUUCGUGCUGCGGCAGCUGCAGGUGCAGCAGGAUGGCGAUGCCCAGCACCUGCUGAUGGUCUUCCUGGGCCUGCUGGCCCUGGUCAGUCUGCUCCAGUGGCUGGUGAGGAACUACCGCGAGCUGCGCAAGCUGCCGCCGGGGCCGUGGGGACUGCCCGUCAUCGGUUACCUGCUGUUCAUGGGCAACGAGAAGCACACCCGCUUCAUGGAGCUGGCCAAGCGCUACGGAUCGCUAUUCUCCACGCGACUGGGCAGCCAGCUGACCGUCGUGAUGAGCGACUACAAGAUGAUCCGCGAGUGCUUCCGGCGCGAGGAGUUCACCGGCCGCCCGGACACUCCCUUCAUGCAGACCCUCAACGGAUACGGCAUUAUCAACAGCACUGGCAAACUGUGGAAGGAUCAACGUCGCUUUCUGCACGACAAGCUUCGCCAGUUUGGAAUGACCUACAUGGGCAACGGCAAGCAGCAGAUGCAGAAGCGCAUCAUGACGGAAGUGCAUGAGUUUAUCGGCCAUCUGCAUGCCAGCGAUGGCCAGCCCGUGGACAUGUCGCCCGUCAUCUCGGUGGCCGUGAGCAAUGUGAUCUGCAGCCUGAUGAUGUCCACCCGGUUCAGCAUCGAUGACCCCAAGUUCCGGCGCUUCAACUUCCUGAUCGAGGAGGGCAUGCGGCUCUUUGGCGAGAUCCACACCGUCGACUACAUACCCACCAUGCAGUGCUUCCCCAGCAUUUCGACGGCCAAGAACAAGAUUGCCCAGAAUCGGGCCGAGAUGCAGCGAUUCUACCAGGACGUGAUCGAUGACCACAAGCGCAGCUUUGAUCCCAGCAAUAUCCGUGAUCUGGUGGACUUCUAUCUCUGUGAAAUUGAGAAGGCCAAGGCCGAGGGCACCGAUGCCGAGCUCUUCGAUGGCAAAAAUCAUGAGGAGCAAAUGGUCCAGGUGAUCAUCGAUCUGUUCUCCGCCGGCAUGGAGACCAUCAAGACCACGCUGCUGUGGAUCAAUGUGUUCAUGCUGCGCAAUCCCAAGGAGAUGCGACGCGUCCAGGACGAACUGGACCAGGUGGUGGGACGCCAUCGCCUGCCCACCAUCGAGGAUCUGCAGUACCUGCCCAUUACCGAGUCCACCAUCCUGGAAUCGAUGCGUAGAUCCAGCAUUGUUCCCCUUGCCACCACACACUCGCCCACAAGGGAUGUGGAGCUCAAUGGGUACACCAUACCGGCCGGCUCGCAUGUCAUCCCGCUGAUCAACAGCGUCCACAUGGACCCCAAUCUGUGGGAGAAGCCCGAGGAGUUCCGGCCAUCGCGGUUCAUCGACACCGAGGGCAAGGUGCGCAAGCCGGAGUACUUCAUCCCCUUCGGCGUGGGCAGGCGGAUGUGCCUGGGCGAUGUGCUGGCGCGGAUGGAGCUCUUUCUGUUCUUCGCCUCCUUCAUGCACUGCUUCGACAUUGCCCUGCCCGAGGGUCAGCCGCUGCCGAGUCUGAAGGGCAACGUGGGGGCCACCAUCACGCCGGAGGCCUUCAAGGUCUGCCUCAAGCGCCGCCCACUGGCGCCCACCGCCGCCGAUCCGCACCACAUGCGCAAUGUGGGCGCCAACUGAGGCGGUACCCUCGAUCCGCUCCAGAUCAAGAGCACGGUUUUGUUCCUACACCAAAAUACACACACACAAGACACACAAAAACAGAAACACAUUUGAGGAAGGAGACAAAGGGAGAGAGGCCCCCAAUGCUAUCCAUUUAGCCAUUUAAGUUAGUAGUUAUCCGCCCGCGGGAGGAGCAGAUCCUGUCCUGGCCAGAUCCCGGCCAGACAGGGAGCAGAGCAGCCAGAAGCUGUGACCAACCCACACAGAGGACUGCAACCAAUUCUAUUCUUUCACCCCCAAGAAGCUGUGUUCAACUAAUUGUAAUUACAAAACAACCCCUAGUUAUAUGCACCCUAGUUACGUUCGAUUCUAUUGCUAAUGUUAAUGUUUUUUAUUAUUAUUAAUAUUAUUAUUAAUAUUAUUAUUAUUAUUAUUAUUAUUAUUAUUAUUAUUAUUGCCGCUAAUAUUAGGAUACAUAUUGCUAUGUGUAAAGCCAGCAGGCCGAUUAAGUGUAGUUAGCUAACGUUCUUGUUUAUUCCUAGUAUUAGUGCUAGCUUAAUGUCCAAACAACAAACAACAAAACAAACUGUGGUUUAGUCUUACAAGCACACAUCAAAAAAUAGGCAAACGAUUCGCAAUAAAGAGAAACGUGUGAAAAAAA